CCUGAGGACAGACUGCAUUAAUUCAUCCCUGGAAGUCUUCCUGAAGAAAGCCAUGGAUAAAUGCUUUUACAGUAGAAAUGGCUACCUGGACCUGUUUAUCCGCUUCAUUCAUGGCCUCUCUCUGGAGUCCAACCAGAGACUCUUAGGAGGCUUGCUGGGUCAGACAGACAACAGUCCAGAAAUCAUCCAAAGAGCCAUCAACAACCUGAAGGAGAUGAAAACUUAUGAGAUCUCUCCUGACAGAAGCAUCAACGUCUUCCACUGUCUGACGGAGAUGAAUGACCACUCAGUCCAUCAUGAGAUCCAAGAGUUCCUGAAGUCAGAGAACAGAUCAGAGAAGGAACUCUCUGAGAUCCAGUGCUCAGCUCUGGCCUAUAUGCUGCAGAUGUCAGAGGAGGUUCUGGAUGAGUUGGACCUGCAGAAGUAUAACACAUCAGAGGAGGGACGGCGUAGACUGAUUCCAGCUGUAAGGAACUGCAGAAAGGCUCUACUUACUGACUGUCUACUCUCAGAGCCUCACUGUGAAAUUGUGGCCUCUGCGCUAAAGUCCAACCCCUCCCAUCUGAGGGAGCUGGACCUGAGUGACAACAACUACCUAGAUGAUUCAGUAGUGAAGCUGUCUUCUGGACUGGAGAGUCCAAACUGUAGGCUGGAGACUCUAAGAUUGAGUUUCUGCAGUUUGUCAGAGAUCAGCUGUGCUUCUCUGGCCUCGUCUCUGAAGUCAAAUCCCUCCCAUUUGAAAGAGCUAGACCUGAGUGACAACAACUAUCUACUGGUAUCAGGAGUGAAGCUGCUGUGUAAUUUUCUGGAGAGUCCACACUGCAGACUGGAGACUCUGAGAUUGAGAAACUGCUGUUUGACAGAGAUCAGCUGUGCUUCUCUGGCCUCAGCGCUGAAGCCCAACCCCUUCCAUCUGAGUGAGCUGGACCUGAGUGAAAACUACGAGCUCCUGGAUUCAGGAGUGAAGCUGCUGUGUGAUUUUCUGGAGAGUCCAAACUGUUCACUAAAGAUUCUGAGAUUGAGUUCAUGCAGUUUGUCAGAGAUCAGCUGUGCUUAUCUGGCCUCAGCUCUGAAGUCCAACCCCUCCCAUCUAAGAGAGCUGGACCUGAGUAACAACACACUGCAGGAUUUACACGUGAAGCUGCUCUCUGAUCUUGUGGCGAGUCCACACUGUAGACUGGAGACUGUUGGGAUUUUUGACAACUUGAUAACAGCUGAGAAUCCGCAAGAAUAUGACUCGGAUGUCAAAAUGGACGUGGAAACAAACCUGCCCGAGGAAGACAGAAAGGCUCUGAUGUCCUUCACAUCUGAACACAACUGAGUCUUCAUCAGGGCUUGAAGUGGGGAAAAAAAGGUGCUGGUACUCUCUUGCAGUGGCAAAUCAUUAUGACAUUUGAGAUUUCUACAGUGAAAAACAAAACUUGGAGAUAUUGCUGGUACAACAACAAUUUAUUGUUAUUUACUAACAACAUAAAUGUAUGUAUUUAUUUAAACAAGUCAUGUGUGUGUGUGUGUGUGUGUGUGUGUCUCAUUCUCUUGACAGCUUAAGUCCCCUCUCUGUCAGGUCAGCAAGUGACGGGAUGCUGCUACAUGUUUU